GGAGGUACCAGUCUGUCCUGCCCUAGUGGGAGUGGCUCCACCCUUCCCACGGCAGAGCCAUGGGGAGCCAGGGUCCUGGUGGGCUGCCCCCGGUACAGGCUCCCUACACAGUUCUGCUGCUGCCGCUGGGGACAAGCCGCCAAGACCCAGGGGCCCAGACCUUCUUCCUCUGGCUGCAGAGGAUGCAGGCUCUGGAGAGAGAACAGGAUGCCCUGUGGCAGGGGCUGGAGCUGCUAGAGCAUGGCCAGGCCUGGUUUGAAGCCCGUCUGAGGGAGGCACAGCAACAGCAGCUGCAUCUGGGGGCCCUUGGUGAGAAUUUUCUAACAGAUCCAUACCCAGAGCCUGGUGGCCCCCAGUUAGCCCAGAUUCAAAAGGUGAACAUCUGUUUGCAGAAUCUGAUUCAGGGAGAGUUUUCCCCAUGUCCGCUGAACAAGGCCAGUUCUUGUGCCCCCCAGGAUUGGAAGGAAAGGCUAUGGAAGCAGAAUGUGUGGCAGCAACAGGAGUUGUCAAGGCAGCAGAAAGGAGUCACCCAGCCAAAGGGGAAGAUGGCUCAGCUGGGCUGCCCCAAGGAACAAAGGGGCCCUACCCGUGUCUAAACCCUCCUCUCACUCCCCUUAGUCUGGUGAAGGAGCAGGCUGAGUCAAAACCCCCAGCCUCCUUAUUCUGCUUCUUAACUCAGCAGCCAAAUGGCUCCAGGUAGUGGGUCAAUGAAGUUCAGACUUGGUGUAAAUUCUCUCCUCUGCUCCUGAAAACUUCCAUUUCAUCUUCUUGGUGUGGCAUGCCCUAUCUCUGCCCUAUAUGAUGUGCAAAAAUGAUCUGUCUUUGAAAUCCCUCUGGGUAGAAGACAAGUUUAUUGAAACUGUUCUUUAGCCUUAAAUAUAAAAAUAAAACAGAAACUUUUCCAGAA